AUGCCGAUGUCCAGUUUCCUCAAGCGACUGCGGUAUGGCUACCUGCGUGAAACAGACAUAGGCCUCCUGCUUGCUGCAGCGCGCCGCAAAGGAACACUUGAGCGGUUAUCUAUGUAUGCCAAGAAUGAAGACGUGGAAAGCGUGAGUGCAUCGAGGUUGCUGAGACUGGAAGGAGAGGCGGUCUCAUUUGAUGCAGAGGAUUUCUUCCAUCCGGACGUGACUGUCCAUAGCAGGAAGGAGUUGGAAGUUGGCCUGGAUGAGCAGUGCCCCAGACAGCUGGUACUCAAAGUCGGGGCGCCAGUGCGCCUCACAUAUGUGCAAAACAGCAAAUCUACUUGCGGUGGAACGCAGGGCAUUGUGAUCGGAUUCGAUGACAGGUGGCCUGUUGUGUGGCUGGACGGCGACGGUGGCACACGGACGACAAUGCCAUGCUUCGGUGCCUACAUCCAGUCAGAGGAAGAAGCAAAUUCUUUUGGCCCUCGCGUGGGCCACCACUUGCACAAAGCGCAAGGAAUGACACUCACGCAUGCGGCGGCGCAUGUAAGCAAAGUGUUCAACGACAAUAUGGGCUACGUAGCUUUGAGCCGGGUGUCGACUCACAGGGGUUUGAAGUUGAUUGACCGGUUGGACAGCAUGACUUCCACGCAGUUGCGGAAUUGGGUCGCCCGGAAACUUUGCCAAGCUUGCCCAAAAGCUUCGGCAUUCCACAUGGCCAUGCUGGAUGAGCAGGAGAAGCGCCGCGUCCAACAGGGACGGAGAAAGUUUCGGCAAAUGCUGUGGAAUGAUCGCAUGUGGAAGUCAGCUCUUCGUAAUGCCGGUUUCGUCGAAGGGGCUGGCUACAAUUACUCGGACUUACGCCCUGAUUGGGCUGUCCAUCAAUACGGUGAUCAAUGCUUCAGAUGCGGCAAGACCGGCCAUUGGCAGGUGGAUUGUUUGGAGUGA